CCCAUUCAGAAGCUGUAACCCAUAUCCACCCAAGUUCUUCAAUAGAUCAAGAAAGAGAUAGAGAGAAACAAAAUAGGAGAAAAAACCCACAUUUUGUUCCUUACCUUAAUUUCUAGACUCUUGAAACAUCCUCAGUUUCUCCAUAAUGAAGCCUUAUUUUCUACUGUCAGUUUUACUUCUGUCCACUAUCAUUUCUGAGGUCCAAGCUAUACGCCUCAAGAAAGAGUUUCUACCAGUUAAGGAUCAUAAAAUCCAGGAGGGUAGAACUGUGAAUAAAGCAAGUAAUGGAGCUAUUGAUGGGGAGGAUAUUCAAUGCAAAAAAGGGCAAUGUUCAUCAGGAAAAAAUAGAAAACUUAUUGCCAAGGCAACGUCUACUAAUCCCACCACCAUUUCCAAGAAUGAAACGAAUGGAGGCAAAUCGAGUACCGACGAAAUUGGAGGAAAACACGAAAGUUUUUCCGUUGACUCAUCGCCGGAUUCCAAUCACCGGGAGGCGACCCAUGAACGGUAUCCGGACACUUUAAACAUAGAUGAGAUGGAUUAUUCUCCAGCAAGGAGAAAGCCUCCAAUACACAACUGAAGUAUUUUUGGGAAGGGAAGGAAACAUGAAGAAAAUAAAGUAUAGAGAUCGAGGCUUAGGAAAGAUGAAUAUUGAUGGGGAUAUAAGAUGGACAGCAUUACAGAAAAGCUGCAGUUUUUUUAGGGUUAGAUAUAUUUUGUACAUUAGUAGUCUAUUGUACAAUUAUUGUUAGAUUAUAUAUAUAUUAUUUCAUGAUUAAGUCAUAAUUAAGCACUAAGGAGUGCUUACUGGGCUUUAUUAAUCACUAUAUAUACCUUGUAACCUAUAUGAUGUUGUUGUUACAUGCAAAGUAUCAUAAUAACAUAUGUUCCCGUGUUUGGUUUCUUGCCAAACUUGGGAACUGGGUCUCGGACAGGCAUAGGAUUACUCUUAGUGUUGUAGAUCACUUAGAUCUCGGGCUAAGGAUUUGAUGUCUUCAUUCCUUGCUUCUAUUAAUCUUUGUAUCAAUUUCAGAAAUUAAUAAAAAAAAUUUGCCUUUCGAAAAAAA